AUUCAGCUCCAGUAGGGCGUUAUUAACGUUAGUAACUGUAUAUGCACUUAAAAAACAAAUUCUGAAAAAAAGAUAAACUUGUUUAAGCAGAAACUUUAAUGGCAACGAGUGUAGGAUUGGCCAUGAAUCCGCCCCACGCGACUGAAGAAAGGGCAGUUUUCACGCAGCUGAAGCCGGUGAGGAUGUCGGGAGCGGAGGGCGCCGAGGACACGUCCGUGUUCGAGGACGUCAAGCCCGCGAUUCAACUCGAAUUAGACAAAUACCUUCCCCAGCACAGCAGUCCUCUACUGAGUACCCCGAAUGACACUACCGACAAGAAGUACAGACGAGAGAGCGCCUCCGUGGUGGACGAGUACUUCGCAGAGGACAAACCUGCCACCCCAUACAGCCUCAACAUCAACGUCAUCCUUCCCAGCACCACUCACCUCCGCACAGGCCUCUACAGGCCCAACACCAAGACCCUCACACCACAGCAGAUCAAGACGGAACCCGGGAUGGAGGUGCCCUGCUCCAUCCCAACCAGCCAGGCCCUUCCAGACUUCACCUCGGUGUUCAGCGUACCGCCUGUAGUCAACAACGUUUUCAUAAAACCGGACAUGAGCGCUGGAGGAAUGGUGAACGUGACCACAGGAUCUCAGCAGCAGCAGCAGCCAAACUUGGUCACAGAGCUUCACAUCGGACCUCCACCUCCACAGCCGCAGGUCUACCACAUGCCCAUCGCGAGCAGUGGCGACCUCACCAUGACCCUAUCGCACAACAGUCCCUCACCGCACGGCUCCAGCAGCGGCAGGACCAUGCUGAACCUCAGCAACGCCACAUUGCCGACGACCAACGGCAACUACAUGAUGGCAGAGCACCAACUGCCACAUCAUCAUCCCAGCUACUACCAGCACUCUCCAAACAACUCAUCCCAGCACACAGCGCCACACAGCCUACCGCCUUCGCCACCAAAUUCCCAGCCCGGAAGCCCAGACGGCCAGGCAGAGCUGCUGAGCCUAGCACCCCAGGGUCCACCCCCUUACCAGCAGCGUAUGGGAGGAAUAAAGCUAGCGGGGAUGUCUCAUCAUGCCAUGCUGAUGACACACGGCCAGGGUGUCUUAACAGGUCCAAAAUACAAUAGGCGAAACAACCCAGAGCUGGAGAAGAGGAGGAUUCACUUCUGCGACUACCCAGGCUGCACCAAAGUUUACACAAAGAGCUCCCAUCUGAAGGCACACCAAAGAACACACACAGGCGAGAAGCCAUACCGAUGCACAUGGGACAACUGCGACUGGCGCUUCGCUCGAUCCGACGAGCUCACCAGACACUACCGGAAACACACCGGGGCCAAACCCUUCAAGUGCAUCGCCUGCAGCCGCUGCUUCUCACGCUCGGACCAUUUGGCUCUGCACAUGAAGCGUCACCAGAACUAAACCAAAUAUACCUGCAUAUACAGACACACUCCAUGUUGCAUAAAGAGACAGCCACCUGAACCAAUCAGCUUUAUAAGAGUCAGAAAGAAAACCAAAAUCACCCCACCCCCAAGUGCUCUGGUGUUUAAUUUCAUGAGUUGUCCAAAAAUCAAAUUAAAAGUUGCACCGCACGUGAAGUUUACCCGUGGAUAAACUCCAGCGUAGGUGCUACACCAACAAGUUUUUAAAUAAAUAACAGACCUGCAUAUCUGUUGUCAACAUGUCGGGUGAACAGGCCUUACAGUUACUAGCUGCUCUCUCACCCGGUUAGUUUCAUUUGUUGUUCAAACAGCAAAGGGGAUCCAGGCAGAUGAUAACAGAACAAGACUUUUGGAGCUGCUCCAUGUUAGAUAGAAAUCUGUCUGCAGUCAGUCGCUGCAGAGUUUGCUGAACUCUCACACCAGAGCCGACGGUUUAGCAAAAAAAUUCGACCACUGUGGUGAUUUUGGAGUUUGUCCUAAAUCACAUGCUCUCUCACGAGCAGCUCGUGAAUCUCGAUUCGAAUCCCUCCCUGCAGACUUUGCAAUCAGGACUUGGGACUCUGAUCAAAUCCUGGAAAACUUUCUUCUGCUGCAUUUUUAAAAAGAGUAAAGAAAAAAAAGAAAACCACCAGCAACAACAACAUGAACGUUUCAAACAAAUCUGCUGCCAACAUCAUCAUCAUCUUCACCUCUGUCACCGCCUUUUAUCGAUUGAGGUAUGAACUGUAAGUAAGAGGUGGAAACACUUGCCUGUCCUCUGUACAUACUUGUUUGUAAGUGUGCGUAUGUGUGUUUAAUAAUAUGACGAAUGUAUUGAAAUUUAUACUUGACAACUUUUUUUUUUUUUCUUAUCGAAUGUCUUAUCCCACUUCAAAACUUCCUUGUGGUAGAAGGGUCAAGGGUCUUUUAAAAAACAAAAAGAAAGAAAAGAGAAAAAAAGAUCAGUCGGAAUCAGAAAACUGCACGGAAAAGUUAAUCAUCUCCUAGUUCUGCAUGUUUUUCUAUACAGGUAAUACCUGUUGAGCUCACGGAGCAGCGCAAUUUGCCAAUGUUUGUAUCCAUGACAUUACCUGUUGCCGUGGCAACGGAGCUCCUAUGACAACAGUUUGGUGUUUGCUUGCCUUUUCCAUUCAGCGCUGUUUUUCACCCUCUUUUUCUUUUUUUUUCUCUCUUUUUGCUUAAUUGUCCUGUAUUUAUUCAACACUUCAACCCAAGAAAGAUAGAGAUGGGUGGAUAGCUCUAUUAUGUAAUCAGGUUUGUUAAUACGCCGUGCGCCUGGUACAUUACGCUCUCACAGGCGGCCCUAUUAACUGAAAGAACAGGAAGUGCACAUUCACAUGAAUGCUUAGCAUUUAAUCGAUGGGGCUGUUGCAUCUUUUUGACUUUUAUUUGGAAAGCAUAGAAGGCUUUUCGCCCCCACACUGUUUUUGAGCAGUGCUCUUCCAACAUGCUUGAGCACUAAAGAAGGGAAACCUUCACUAUUCGUGGAAAAAUGUUAUCAAGUAGUGGAUGCUGUAAAGUGAACAGCACUAAAAGUCAUCUUCCUGAAAACACGAUCCUCGUGGAGAUCUAAACCUUCUCAGGGUAAAAGGAUUAGCAGCUGUGUCGUGUCCUCGUGCGGCUUCUCUUCAGAACAGACUUAAACGUCUUCCAGUAAAUCUUGCACGCUGAUCAAUAACAGGAGUGCUGCUGGAGUUCAUACUGUUUUUUGUUUGUUUUGUUUUUCACCAUUCAGAGGCAGUGAAAUGUUUGAUCUGCAGUGGCAGUGAACUUUUUCAUGCCUCAGUUAUAAACCAGCAGGCAUACACCCACUACGUUUACCUACCUUAUUUUGCAGAGUUCACUACAGGCUGUUUUUAUCACUUUUUUUCAAGCAUGCUGCUUCUCCACAGACCAGAUCCACCACCCACAGAGUUUCAGCACAACCUCAUCACAGAGACACACCCUUAAAGAUAUUGACUUGGGGUCUGUUGGGUCUUUUUAUAUGACAUAGGUGAGAUGGAGAUUUCUAAAAUCUACUGUAUAGUAUGUUUACAUUACCUGUCAGAUUUCUUUCAACUGGGGUAAACUGUAAAGAAAUUCGUGGGCUUUUGUGAUUCUCCUUGAGUCUUUUAUCUAAACGUAUUUAAAGCGAGGCCACUACAUUCUCAGAUUAUUAUUUUAGGGUCUUUGCCUUACAAUAUAAAGCGCCUUGAGGGACUGUUAUUAAUGAUAUUAAUGAAUUGAUUGAUACUUGGUGAGCAUAGUUUUGGUAUAAUGUGCACAUUAAAGACAAAUUGUACUCUAAUAUAAAAACAGUACAAAAUCUACACUGAUUAUUACAACAGAAGACGACAAUCUUGCAACCAAAGAGGUUUUUCUAAGUGAACGGUGCGUGCACACCCACUCUCUUUAAACAAAUAAUCCAAGAACGUAACAGUGGCAGCAUUUCAGAGGUCCAGAAUUUGGAUCCUGUAAUAAGAACAACUGCCGUCUGCAGACAUGUCAAAGCUGAAAAUGAUUAAGAGCUGUCUAUGUUUGUUUUUUUUGUUUGGUCUUGUCGUGAGCCCUUAAAAAAACAAAAAAAACAGGAGGGUUAAAAUAUAAAACAAAUACAACUGCUGUCAAAGUGGAGCCAGAGAGUGCAAGACUCUGUCUGCAGUGGAAACGUGCAGCAUUCAAAGUGAAGCAGCUGAAAAGGAAAACAUCUGUUGUAAUCCCUACUGCUGCUGUUGCUUUC